AUACACCGUCCGUUAUCGCUGUAUUUAAAUGAAUUGACUUUACACUUUCCUUUUUUUUUCUUUUCGUAAAAUAAUUUUCCUUUAAAAUAAAAAUUAAUAAAAUAUGAAAUUCUCAACUUUCUCAACUCAAAAAUUAUUCACACUCGCCACAUUACUAUUAUUUGUAACUGCGCCACAAUUUUCAUUGGCAAGAACUGCGGAAGAAUGGAGGUCUCGUACAAUUUAUCAAUUAAUAACCGAUAGAUUUGCUCAAGCUCCUGGUCAAGAAAAUCCUAAACUUUGUUCAGAUAAUCGUAAUGAAGCUGAAAUUAGACGUUAUUGUGGUGGAACUUUUUCAGGAAUAAUUAAUAAACUCGAUUACAUAAAAAAUCUGGGGCUUGACGCAAUUUGGAUUAGUCCGGUCGUAAAACAAAUGGAUAAUUUAACUUCAAUCGGUGUUGGAUGGCACGGAUAUUGGGCCCAAGAUAUUUAUCAAAUUAAUCCACAUUUUGGUACAGCUGAUGAUUUAAAGAAACUCGUUAAGGCUGCUCACGAUAAAGACAUUUGGGUUAUGGUCGAUGUAGUAGCAAAUCAUAUGGGACCGCAAGAAAAAUUACCUCCUAGAACUGAUAAAUAUGUUAAAGCUUAUAGUCCAUUUAAUAAGACUGAACAUUAUCACGUUUUUUGUCUCAUUACCAAUUAUGAUGAUCAAGGAAAUGUUGAAUAUUGUAGUAUUGGUUCUGCUGACGAUCCAUUACCUGAUCUUGACACAGAAAACCCUGCAGUGAUUUCUGAACUUAAUAAUUGGAUAAGUUGGUUAACCAGAGAAUUUGAUUUUGAUGGAAUACGUAUAGAUACAGCAAGACAUAUUCGACAAAAUUUUUGGGAUGAGUUCACGAGAAGUAGUGGAGUGUUUUCUAUAGGUGAAAUAUUAAGUGAUAAUUCAGGAUAUGUAGCAUCAUAUCAAUCACAUAUGGAUAGUACAUUAGGUUAUCCAUUAUACACUAAAUUAAUAAGAUUAUAUACUAAUCCUAAUGCUAAUAUGUAUGAGUUGAGGGAUGUAAUAAAUAAUGAUAGAAAUGCCUUUAAAGAUACUAGAAUUUUAGGAAAUUUUAUUGAUAGUCAUGAUCAAGAGAGAUUCGCUCAUAAAACUCAAGAUAAAGUUUUAUUUCGAAAUGCAUUAACUCUUGUUUUAUUAAUGGAUGGAAUUCCAAUAAUAUAUCAAGGAGUAGAACAAGAUUUCACAGGGGCUCCAACAGGAAAUGAUCCUUUUAAUCGUGAAGCAUUAUGGCCAUCAUCAUACUCUCAAACAACUCCAACAUAUCAAUUUAUAGCCAACAUUAAUGCACUUCGUAAAGUGGUAUCUCCAUCAUUUUAUACUUCACUCUCAAUAGAAGCAUGGAUAGAUGAACAUAUUUACGCUUUUAUUAAAGAGAAAGUAUUAAUCAUCACAUCUAAUUAUGGUGGAAAUAAUCCAAAUAGAGAUUUAGUUAUACAAGGAAAUGGAGUAUGGCCAACUGGUGAAGUAUUGGUUAAUAUUUUAAAAUGUGAUGAAAAAAUUACUAUUGAUGGAUCAUUAAAUGUACCAGUUAAAAUUAAUGGUGAACCAAAAGUACUUUAUCCUGAAAAAAGUUUGAAAGGUAGUCGUAUUUGUGGUUUGUAAAUAUAAAAUAAUGAAAAAAGAGAUGACUAUAAUAAUAGAAUUUUUAAUAUACAUAUAUAUAUUUUUUUGUUAAUUUUAAAAAAUUUCUCUUAAAAUAAACUAAUAAUAAUAUUAAUAAUAUA